AAGAACACUAAACGAUAUACUUUUAUCAUCGCCUAUUAUUAAACGGCGAUAUUGGACUCACGCCACUGACUGCCAUUGGCGGAACAGCUGAUACAGUUAUGAAGCUCUAUUAAAAGAAGCAAAAAUGGAAUCAGAGAAAGUCCCCGAAAUUAAUUUAACACUCAACAUUACUGCUCAAUAUCUGGAAGAAUAUUCGUUCAACUGCACCCAGAACCUACGUAAUGUCCACUAUUUUUACCGGACUGGUCAGUUGGUGUUUCUGUUCUUGCUGUUAUGUUUCAUUACAAGCGGAAACUUAAUCCUGUUAGGAGCUGUGACACUAUCCCGAGCUGAGAAACGAUCCAGAAUGAAUUUUUUCAUAAUGCACUUAGCCAUUGCAGAUUUAUUAAAUGGAUUCCUCGGUGUACUUCCGGAGCUUGUGUGGAAGUUUACAGUGGUCUGGUACGGCGGACCAGUUUUAUGCAAAGUUAUCCCAUUCAUUCGAGCUGUCAUCACAUUAUUGUCAACAUUUAUUUUGGUCUCACUCAGUAUUGAUCGCCUCCAUGCAAUUGCAAGACCAAUGAGAUUUUCACAAAGCUCUCGCCUCAGCAAGAUAUUGGUGGCAAGUGCAUGGGUGUUUGCAGUGAUCUUACCAACUCCUCUGAUGAUAUUUACAGAGCAAAUAGACAUAUGUAUUGAUAAUUAUCAAUGCUGGAUGAAUCUCCCAAAGUAUAUGUGGAAGAUAUACUUUACUAUUGUGAGCUUUGUAGCAUUAUUCAUCCCGGCCCUCUUAAUAUUGUUUUGCUAUGUUACAAUUAUUUACAUCAUCUGGCAAAAUGGCAAAAAUGAAUGGAAACUCAGAGCUGUAGGAAAUCACAGUUGGCGGAAUGGUAGAGAUGGUAAGAGAGAAGAAAGUAUCACUUCCAACAGCGGACUUCGUUUUGAAUAUGACACUCAUUGCAGUAGAAAGACUCUCAUCCCACAAGCUACAAUCAGAACAAUCAAAAUGACAUUUCUCAUUGUUUUAGUUUUCAUUCUGUGUUGGAGCCCCUACAUGAUCUACGACUUAUUGCAAGUAUACGACCUCCUGGAAGAAAAUGUCGCUGUUGCUACAUUCGUACAAAGUUUAGCGCCGCUAAACAGUGCAGCAAAUCCUAUUAUAUAUGGGAUUUUUACAACACGAAUUUGUAAGAGCCUGAGGAAAAUGAAACGGAUUAGAAAUGGAGUUGGUAUGGGUAGAAUGAAGUACUGUAUGUCAAAACGACAAACUCAGCGGACGUCUACCUUCUAUACAGAUAUAAGCUCUGUUCGUGAAGCAAUGCAGAAAUUUUCUUGUGGCUCUAACACAUCUUUUCCUAAAGUGACUUGCUCCAACAGUAAAAUGGAUGCUUCACAAAAUGCCGCUGCUAAUGAAUUCCAACCGAUAUGUCGAACGGUCAGCAGCAAUAUAUAAACUUUGGUUGACUCAGGAUCUAAAUAAUAACAGGUGUAGAGAAACAUGUGUGAAACUUCAUUUGUUCUAAUAUAAACUACUAAUAACAUGGAUAAAAAAAGGAAGGAAAAAUAAGUAAAUAUUUGUUUAUUUAAAAUUAGAUUUUGUGAAUGAAAUAUGAUUUUAAGAAUUAUUAAUAGAUACAUUUAAUAAUUAAGGAUAUCUAUUGGUAAAUGCUAAUGACAAAUUCCUCAAAUAUUUAUUUACUGAUGAUUCAUUUUUCGCCAAGUAUACGCACAAUUGUAAAGAAACACAUGUAAACAUAACAAUUAUAUAUAUAGGAGAGUAUUGUAGUUCGCUUGAAAAAGUUGUGUAUUGUUUGUAUAG